GCGGUGGCGUGCGCUGAGAUCGGGAACACAGCCUGGAUUUUCGUCGGUUCUCUCUGCCCUUGGCUCUCCUCUAGUCUCAUCUCUCUCCCAUCCCUCUUGGUCUCCACUCUGGCGCCUCUCAUCCUACCCCCAGCAGCUACUUCAGCUGUCUCCUUCCCACUUCUCUUCCACCCCUUGGGUUCCUCCCUUCAAGCACUUUCCUUCUGCCCCGAGUUGGUCUGGGGACCUCCUUCCUUCCACCAACUCCAGCCCACUGUUCCACUUCAGUCCCUUCCUAGUCUUCGGACCUGGGUUCCUCCUCUACCCUCGGCUUGGCCUCCUGCUCUCACCCUGACCUUCGGCCUUCACCUCUUCCCACAUCUCUACCACACCAGAGCACUAGGGACUCCAACUGCAGAGCUCGGGCUUGAAAUGUGCCCGCCUGGUGCCAGGGUUCUUAAGUCUUCGAAUGGCCAUGCGUGUCCUGACUCUCCAUAGAUGUUACACUUAGCCUCAGGAAGAAUUAGAUUAAUACAGUGAUUAUUUCCAAAAUUAUUGCGAUUCGUUAAUGAUAAAGGAAGCUUGGAGCUUAGCAUAAAAGAAAACACAUCUUGUUCUUGUUUAAAUUUGAACUUUCCUUGGAAAUAUUAAUUUAAAGACAUUAAUUCACAAGAUAUGUGUUAUUAUUUGUUGUAACCAUGUUUGUUAAAAACAAAAGAAUUAAUGGAGUGGUGAGGAUGGCUGGGAGAAACCAUCUUGAUAAAAUGCCACAGUUUUUGUUUGCUUGUUUGAACACCCCUGAUUUUCCACUUUCUUUCUCAAGAGUAUUGCCUUUGGUUUCAGGAUUGUCCCAGCGUCUGAGGCACUCUGGGGGCUCCUGCUAAUGCUCAGUAGAGGCUGCUCAUUUCUGGGCUCCUCAGGAUUGAUUGAGAAAAGGAGUUUACAUAGUCUUAAACUGUGUGCUCUGACCUUGCCUCAGAGGAUAAACAGCUCCAUGGGUGUGGCGCUGGCCAGGUCGGCACAGUGGACUGCUGCAGGGUAUGAGACUGGAACCCUGGAAAUCACUCCUCUGAAUGAGUCGAUAUUGAAUGAAAUUACUAAGUUCGUGGAGUCUUUUUCUUAUAAAUAUCCCCAAGAGGCAAAAUUUGUUUUUGUAGAACCACUUGAGUGGAAAACAUAUUUGGAACCCUCAGCAUUUGAAUCGGGCUAUGUUGUCAGCUCGACAACAGUGGAAUCAGAAGAGGUUGAUAAAGAUGGACAGCCCCUGCUGCUUCUCUCUGUACCUUAUAUUAAAGUCAGGAGCUUUGGGCAACUGUCACAGUUGUUAUGCGUGGCCACAGACAGCAAGCAGCAGGAAGCACAGGCCUGUAUCGAAGCGAACAGAGACCCCGUAGUGAAAAUCCUGGGUCCAGAUUACGAUGAGAUGAAGGAGGAGUCCACGAGCUUGGCCCUUCUCGAUACGAUCAUCAAAGAUAAAGAGCUGUACAUUAAAAGGAAAGUCGCCAUCCUGCUGAAGCAGCUGGACCUGCACCUGCUCAACCAUUCCCUGAAGCACAUUUCGCUGGAGAUCAGUUUGAAUCCAGGGACUUUUAAGAAAGAUAUUGAGUUGCUCAAACGUUUCUCAGGAAAAGGGGAGCAGACGGUGCUGGAAUGGAUCGAAUACACUUCAGAUUAUGAAUUUUCAAAUGGGUGUCGAGCCCCACCAUGGAGACAGAUUCAAGGGGAAAUGUGUUACGUGAUGGUGAAGCCACACGACGUGGAAACUCUGUGCCUCACCUGCAGCACAGAAGGGGUGUUUCUAAAUGGUGGAAAAACAGAAGAGGAGGGGGCGAUUGACUAUGAGAGAAAAGGUGAAGUUUACAAGGACAUUGUGACAUGUUUAAAGGACCAAUCACCAGUAUUUUCAGAGAAUAUGUCUAAGCAGGAGAUUAGAUUUAAUGAGGAGCAACAGAAGGAUAGUCAGAUUUUUGAGAAACCCAAGACAGAAGAUGGGCCCUCUUCUGCAACUGGCUCAGAGAAAAGUAAAGUUGAAAAGCUUUACUUUGGGAAAAGUCAUAUGACCAAGAGAUUAGAGCCAAGCUUAAACUGGAGAGCAACUGUUGAUUACAAAGACCACAAAAGCUCUACAAAGGAUAGCCAAGAGGAAAAACAAGGAAAAUUAGAAAAGUCAUCGACAUCUGUUUCCACGGGUCGUGGGCAGUUACUUCGUAAGGGUGGUGAGAAGGUUGAGGAGACCGUCAGUGAGAGCUCCUCAGAAAGUGAGGAGGAUGAGGAGCCUCUAGACCACCGCCAGGAAGCCAAUGCAGACCUCCCAUCGGAAUACUGGCAGAUUCAGAAGCUGGUGAAAUACUUAAAGGGGGGAAAUCAGACAGCAACUGUAAUUGCCUUGUGUUCCAUGAGGGAUUUCAACCUCGCUCAAGAGACCUGUCAGCUGGCAAUUAGAGAUGUUGGAGGUCUUGAAGUCUUAAUAAAUCUGCUUGAUACGGAUGAGGUCAAAUGCAAGAUUGGUUCAUUAAAAAUCCUGAAGGAAAUCAGUCAUAAUCCUCAAAUCAGACGUAAUAUUGUUGACCUUGGGGGCCUACCAAUUAUGGUUAAUAUACUUGAUUCUUCACACAAGAGUCUUAAGUGUUUGGCAGCUGAGACGAUAGCAAAUGUUGCCAAGUUCAAGAGAGCCCGUCGAGCAGUGAGACAGCACGGAGGCAUUACCAAGCUGGUUGCUCUAUUGGACUGUGGACAGAAUUCAUCAGAACCAGCUCAGCCAGGCCUGUAUGAAACGAGGGACGUAGAAGUGGCUCGAUGCGGGGCUUUGGCCCUCUGGAGCUGCAGUAAGAGUCACUCGAACAAGGAAGCCAUUCGUAAAGCUGGGGGCAUCCCCUUGUUGGCUCGGCUGCUGAAGACCUCGCAUGAAAACAUGCUCAUCCCAGUGGUGGGAACACUGCAAGAAUGUGCAUCAGAGGAAAACUACCGAGCUGCCAUCAAGGCAGAGAGGAUCAUAGAGAACCUCGUGAAGAACUUGAACAGCGAGAACGAGCAGCUGCAGGAGCAUUGUGCCAUGGCCAUCUACCAGUGUGCUGAAGAUGAGGAAACCCGAGACUUGGUUAGACUGCAUGGAGGCCUUAAACCCCUGGCCAGUCUACUAAAUAACACAGACAAUAAAGAAAGAUUAGCUGCUGUUACUGGGGCAAUCUGGAAGUGCUCCAUCAGCAAAGAGAAUGUGAUUAAGUUUCGAGAAUACAAAGCCAUUGAGACACUGGUGGGACUUUUGACUGAUCAGCCUGAAGAAGUGCUCGUGAAUGUGGUUGGGGCCUUGGGAGAAUGCUGUCAAGAAUAUGAAAACCGGGUCCUAGUCCGGAAGUGUGGUGGCAUCCAACCUCUCGUGAACCUCCUGGUUGGAAUAAACCAAGCACUUCUUGUGAAUGUCACAAAAGCUGUUGGUGCAUGCGCAGUAGAACCAGAAAGUAUGGCGAUAAUUGAUCGCUUAGAUGGAGUUCGCUUAUUGUGGUCUCUGCUCAAAAACCCACACCCAGAUGUGAAGGCCAGUGCAGCGUGGGCGCUCUGUCCCUGCAUUGAAAAUGCGAAGGAUGCUGGAGAAAUGGUUCGCUCCUUUGUUGGUGGUCUGGAACUUGUUGUCAACCUACUGAAGUCAGACAAUAAAGAGGUCCUGGCAAGUGUCUGUGCCGCUAUCACCAACAUAGCAAAAGACCAGGAGAACUUAGCUGUUAUUACAGACCAUGGAGUCGUCCCUCUUUUGUCCAAACUCGCCAAUACAAAUAACGACAAGCUGAGACGUCACCUGGCAGAAGCUAUCUCACGCUGCUGUAUGUGGGGAAGGAACAGAGUGGCUUUCGGGGAGCACAAGGCAGUGGCCCCACUGGUGCGUUAUCUGAAGUCAAAUGACACUAACGUGCAUCGAGCUACAGCCCAGGCCUUGUACCAGCUCUCGGAAGAUGCCGAUAACUGCAUCACCAUGCACGAGAACGGUGCUGUAAAGAAAUGAAAGAUCCCACGCAGAGAGACCCUUUCUAAAGUCGCGGGAAAUCUCGGACCCCAGACACAGAGAGACCAUUUUGGAUGUAAUAAGCAAAGGCGAGGUUUAUUACGGAGAUCUAUUACGGGGAUCUCCGGGUCGACAAGUAUCCUGCGCAGGAGACAGAGGUGUUGACCCCGAGCUUCCAAACUCGGGGGUUUAUAUAGGGGAGGUUAGGGGCAUUCGAGAGGUUACACAUGAUUGGUCAAUUCAAAUGGUGCACAGUUAUUUUCGGCGCGAAAUUACAUCAGUUCGGCAGGCAGGUAGGGUGGCUCAUCUCACUCAGGGGGGUGAAGGAAGGGGAGGGGGUGGCUACAGAUGGUCAAUGUCCUUGGGGCUGAUAGCUGGUUUGGCAAGUCCAAUCUCUGGCUCUCCCUCAGGCACAUCCGGCCCUGCACAUCCGGACUCUGACAAUGAGUAACCUUUUUAAAACUCUAGUUCUACAGAAAAUGCAGGCAGGGUUUUCACAAAAGUAACUUUACAGUGAUUUCAAAUAUAAUAAUGAAGGCAGCGCAUGGCCUUCCAACAAAAGAUAUUUGAAGACUGAGAAAAGAAAGCUUCCUAUCAGCUAAUAGUGAUUAAAAGCAUUAAAGGAAGGCAUUAGCACCUAGGCCUGAGGUGUAGCACAGUGGGAGAGCACUGGCCCAGCAGGGCCCUGGGUUCCAUGCACCACAGCAAUGCAUGGAAUCUGUCUACCUGGCUGCAUUUAAAACUCCAUAGCAAAGGUACAUGAACCUCAUAAUCUACCGGAAGCUUUAAAAAACAAGCUGCUUCAUCCAAGUUGCACAAACCACUUCUUGGGUAAUCCUCUCUUUCCUGAGCUCGGUGUGUCCAGGACCCAUUGCUCCAUCUCCAUUCCUGAGACAUGUUUUCAGAGGCUGAGACUUACGUAUAAUAAUACAUAUAAUAAGGUUGCUCUAGAACCACUGCCAGCUAAGGACAACGUCAGGCCUGAGAAUAUCAGAGUCCACGAAAACAUGACUUUGUGUUGGAGAACUGGUCUCUUCCUUAACAUCAGCAUGUGACCACGUCACCACAGUUAGGAACACUAGGCUGAGCAGAGUCAAUCACAAAUGGAAGAAAAGAUUGGUGCUGGGGAGCCUGAUCUCAUCUAAACUGCACCCAGACUGAUGCCUCAGACUUAAGUAGGUUUGGUUAUUCGGCUCAGGCAUCGCAAGAUAAUGCUGACAUGAGUCCGACAGCACCCUGCUGAGCUACAUGUCCGUCACCACUGGUCAGCGGUGGUUGUACCUCACAGACAGAUGGUUUUUUAUUGUUUUAGGUAACAAAUGAUCCAUUUCAAAGAAAUAAAAUCUCAGUCAAUUCUGAAGAAAGCAUUGAUUCCCACUGUGAGAGACCACUGGAGAGAGUAAAAAACAUUGGAGAAGGCACAGGAGAGCAAGCUAAUAGACAUCCUCAGGAGAGAGCACCCUGCAGAUUACCUUGGCCAAUCAGGAUGCCAACAAGUUGAGGAUGCCAGACAGAGAAAGCUGCCCCACUUCCUAUCUAUAUUUGCUUCUGUUCUCAUGUAGCAUUCAGAAAUGUUGGCCUUCUCUGUUCUCCCAGCCUGACCGUUUUGCUAAACCACAGAGCAGUACGGACAGCUCCUCGUGACCCGGUUAUACAGUGCAUUCGUCCUUGAGCUCACAAAGAGUGUGUCCUCUCGGUUAGCAACAAAAUGCCCACAACUGUUAGUUUUCAUGUUAGAAAACGUAGCAGGAAUGAAACUUUCACUUUGGUAACUGGCAGCUUGUGGACUCAGUGCACAAAUGCAGGCCGGAUCAUUCUUCUGGCCCUCAGCUGACCCACAACAGUUUUCAUCAAUAAAGGGCUAGUCACAGAUGAACGUAAGAUUUACUACCAAUAGUGAUGGCGUUCCAGGCUUCAUGAAUAAGCAGCUUUUAAAACUGAGAAAAUAGCUUCUGUUUUCCCUCAAAUACAGCAAUCCUCUUACAUACAAAAAGUAAAGAGGGCUUGAAUUAGCACCUUGGGAUCUUUAGUGUACCAGAAAUAUGCAUUAGCAGUUCCAUCCAAGACUCCUUCUUUCCACCUCCUUCAGGAUCAGUCAGGUUUGUUAGUUUUUAAAAAAUUGAAAAUGUAGUGGAAUGUUCAGGAGCUCCAUCAUCUGUAUUCUUGGCCUGUCGCUGUGGUAUAAGAUGUUUCAUUUCGAAAGGUCUUUGGGCACAAAUGUGAAAGGACUAUUAGGGUCCUUCCCUGGUUAUUUUUCUUUUCUCUUCGGAGAUUCGAAAUUUAAAGCUGGUCUGCAGAGGCUUGUAUUCAUAGCUGAGCAUAAUCGUAGCACAUGAUGUAACUUGGUGGAUGAACAAGUCCAUCAAGAUGAGCCUUCGUGCUCCGUCACUCGUUAGAACAUUUCUUACAUUUUGUUUUGUGUGUGUGAGUACGUUUCACUUGAAGAAUCAAAUUAAUUCUAACUUCCACAAACAUACGUGCAAACAAGCAUAUGCCAGACUCAUGAGUGACAGGAGGAGGGCCAGUAAGGUGGCUUAGCACUUGGAAGGGCUUGCCACCAAGCCUGAGGACCCGAGUUCAAUCCCCAGGCUCCACAUAGUAGAGGGAACUGACUGCCUCAUGUUGUCCUCUGAACCCCACAUAUGUGCUAUAUGGACACAUGUGUACAAGCACACACAUACUCACACAUUACAUUAUUGCUACAAUUAUGUUCAUCUAUAAAUAAAAGCAAAGAAAAUAUCUCCAACAUUUUUGUUAGUCUCGGCAGACCAGCUUUAAGUUUUGAAUCCCCAAGGAGAAAAAUAACUGGAGAAGGACCCUAGUAUUCCUUUCCCCACAAUGAAAAUCAGCAUUUAGUUUGAUGUCUUGGUCUGUUUGUUACGCGAGGGAUUGUAAGACAUAAGUUAAACUGUCACCCUAACCACUUCAUGUGGCAAUGUUCCUACCAAGCCACGCUUUCCUUAUUGUAGAAAACCUGAUGAAACUUCUGUGAAAAUAGAUUUCCAAGGAGAUUUUUUCCCCUUAAACUGUCCUUUGCCAGAAUGCACUGGCAUUCCUCAUUUCAUUUUGCACAAAAGGAAAAGUGGAAAAGCUUGUAAAAAAAAAAUACCUAUUAUCUCAGCCAAAGGAGGCAGUAAUGUUUGUCUAAGAUGCUGAAGCAGCCACAGCUCUGAGCGCAGCACAGGAAGGACCAGUGGUCAGAGGGCAGGAGAGGUGGCUAUGUGAGCAGUCAUUCAAGUGUUGUAGCAAGUUAUCCCUCUGUGUAAACGCACGUCCUCGGCUCUAAACCACUCCCUCCAUUCCACUUACAUAACUCUCAAAUAUCUGCUCAGGGAGGUUUGGGAUCUUGAAUGUUCUCCAUGAGCCUAAAUUAAGUAUCAGUCCACUUUUUAAUUGCUGUCACAGCGUGCCUAAAGCUGAAUAAUUUGUGAUUAAAAAAAAAAAGGCUUUAUUUGCCUCAGAUUUGAAAGUAAGGUCUACUAAGACCAGGCUCAUUGAUUUUGCUGACCACCGUUUGAAAGAUGGCAUCAUGGUACCCCCAAGAGGGAGAUCACACAAUGACCCUGGAGGCUAGAAUGUGGGAAGUCAUGAACUUCUAUAUCGGUUCUCUUACAAGAAUGAAGCAGUGUCCAUAGAACUGUGUAUUUUUUACAAAAUCUAUUUAUUUAAUGUAUGUGAGUACACGGGUGCACUCUUCAGACACACCAGAAGGGAGAAUUGCAUCCCAUGACAGAUGUUCGUGAGACACUAUGUGGUUUCUGGGAAUUGAACUCAGGACUUCUAGAAGAGCAGUCAGCACUCUCAACAGCUGAGCCAUCUCUCCAGCCCACAAAGUGUAUAAUUCUCAUGAGAGUAUUACAUUCACCUGAGAAAAACUGGGGUCUCCCCAUUUAUUGCUUUUAACAGCAGCCCCAAAGACCCCAUGAUUUCCCAACUUCUGGAAGUAUAUGGACUCCACUUCUUAAAGUUCCUUUCAGUUACUAACAGUUUUAAAUUGGGAACGGUCCCCUUGAUAGACAGGCUAGGAAGGAAAAGCAUUUGAGACCCAAGGUGCACUUAAGGGUUCACCACUUCUUACCAUCACCGAGCUUCUAGAACACGUAUGUGGAGAACAGAUGACAUCCAAAUCACAUUCAAAUCACAGCAGGUAGCAUCAGUCCAGUUGUCCUAUGCAGAGAAAGCACAGGCUUCUCUUAACUUAUUCAUUCAACUACACUUCCCCACUGUGUAGUCCAGGCUGGCCUGAAACUUGCGGUCUGCCUGUCUUCGCUUCCUAAAGUCUGUGACUCAGCUAUUCCCUUCAGAUUCCAUGAUGACUGAAUUCCAUGUGACUAGAUUCUUGAGAAUAGAGCAUGAGAAAUAGCGUCUACAACUUGUUUCUUCCUGCGGAUGGAGCACGUUGUAUUCAUAAGCCCCGAUUCUAGUCCUGAAGGCUGAGGGAUAGCAGUCACUGUAGAAGCUUUGAACUCUGAGAUCAGCUAACACAUAGCCAAGUGAUGCUUUAAGCCCAGGGCCCCUUCCCCACAGACACAUUUCCAGAGUGUCCCUCCACUUAAAUGCUUAUACCAAAGUGUUUGGGAUUUCUUGAUAUUUAAGAAUAUUACCAUAUUCAAAUGAGACUCCAGUGUAAACACGAGAGUUACCUACGUUGCGUUACACACAUAGCCCAAAGGUAAUUUUCUUUAAUUUUUUUUUAUUGCGCCUACCACUUCUGAACGGUUGGUUACAUGAGGCCAGAUUGUGGAAUUUUCCACCCAUGACAUCAUGUUCUGGUUUGGGAACGUUUUUGGAUCUCAGGAGUUUGGGUUGAUGAUGCUGACCGUGUACAAAGAAAAGGAAGUUUUCAGAUUGUUACGGUGCAGCAUUUGGGGGUUUUAUGCUAAAAUACCAAUGGUUCACCCUGAAGAAAAUUAACACAUGUGGACUACGUCCUGGCAAUCAUAUGCUACAUGCUUUUGGGUAAGUAACCUCAGGUAUAGCCGUGAUGGAAAGUGGAACGGGGCUAGCACGCCCUUCCCACUCUUAGCUGGUAUCUGCAUGUUUUUACUCGCUACUAGUCUCUGUAACGGCCUCCACCUGGGCUUACAUCACUGCCCUUCCUGCACCUGGAAUGUCCUCCCUUCCUGGAAGAAUCAGGUCUGCACUGCAAACAGUCCCUGCACUAAACCUGCACUAAGUCCUUGGCCCUGUAUGCUCACAUGCAGUGGCUCCAGGGUUUCAGGUUUCUGGUCUCCUCAUGAGGCUCGGUAGUGCCUGUGUUUAUUCCCCUUUCCUUACCCCUCCAUGGCUUAGUAAGACUUGUUCAUCUUCUCAACCGUAGUGGUGUCAUUUGUAAGCCCAGGAAUCUAGGAAAUUCUUUUUGACACUCCUACGGCCCCAGGGAACAAAUGCAGCAUUUGCCAUGAACAAAAUGCCACAGGUAUUUGUUGACCAAAGCACUAAAUGCUUCCCUUUUCGAGUCCCUACCACAUAAUGUGAUAUCCUAAUAUCUAAAUACUCUGCAAAUGUGAAGGCACAGUAAAUAGAAUCUGAAGAGGAAUAGAUAGUGACAAGAGUUUUCUUCUGCAUAGCCACAUAAGCCACAGACUUCAAACUGUUUAUUCGAACUUUUCAACAAUAGGUGGAGAGGCCGAGUUUCUACAGUGCACUUUAUUCUCCAGGCUGUAUUUUUAAAUGCUGCUGGAGACGUCAAAUUUUCUGUCCGUUUAUCCUCUGGAAAAGUGAGGCGAUAAAUACGGGCGCUCAUUGUGACGGCUGAUGAUUGCCAGGUGCUAAUGUCUUAAAUUGCUGGUGAUUUUUAGGGACACCACAAACUGGCCACAAUUUCAGAAGCCUUUUGGCAGUUACAGCUGGCAGCAAGCACACAGACUGUAAAUUUAGAAAGUGUUGCUCCGUGCUUGAGAAUGUGCCUCAAAGUCACCUUCAAAUAUGUCAUGUAGCUGGGAUCCUACAUAAGCCAAACUGCCCUUUAGUAUGUAUUUCGUGGUAUACGAAAAACUUUACAAAGCAUGGCGGGGCCAAUUUGUUGAGUUAAGGUAAAACAUUCCUCACGGAUUCCACCUGAUACUGCCAAGUUGGAGAGCCUUCGUGUGUGAUGCUUUCUCCUCACAGCCUUUGACUGUGGGGAAAUGAUUUGUAAAGCAAGUUCUACCCUUAUUUCUUUUCUUUCUCCUUUUUUUCUUUAUUAACUUGAGUAUUUCUUAUUUACAUUUCGAAUGUUAUUCCCUUUCCCAGUUUCCGGGCCAACAUCCCCCUAACCCCUCUCCCUCCCCUUCUUUAUGGGUGUUCCCCUCCCCAUCCUCCCCCCAUUGCCACCCUCCCCCCAACAAUCUAGUUCACUGGGGGUUCAGUCUUGGCAGGAACAAGGACUUCCCCUUCCACUGGUGCUCUUACUAGGCUACUCAUUGCUACCUAUGAGGUCAGAGCCCAGGGUCAGUCCAUGUAUAGUCUUUGGGUAGUGCCUUAGUCCCUGGAAGCUCUGUCUACCUUUAUUUCUUUAAUGACGGCUAGGACCACGAGCUUGGCCCCUGCUUCUGUCAGAGUAAACAGGUGUGCUGAAACAGAGAUGUGGGGUUUGCGCAUGAGAGCUUUAACCGCCUUGCUGCCCCGGGGCUCGAGGGUUGAAGAAAAAGCUCUACACUGCAAACAGGCUCUGCCAAAACUCCACUAAGUCCUUGGACCUAUUGUGCUAAUAAAGCUUAAGGAGAAGAAUGGUUCUGUGUCGUCGCAGCCACUCCAGUAAUACACAAUGCUGAUACCUCAUGGUCUCCAUUGCUGCUAUAACUUCAGACGAGCCCACCAAGACUACAUGAGUUCUCAGAGAUCUUGGCGAAGCUCUGUAUCAACACCACUGAAAGAGUCAGGGUGUCACGGCCACGCCCACCCCCUUAAGGUGUUGCUGCUCACAGCUGAACCAGGAGCCAGCCUAUGCCAGGGAGAAUGAGUGGUUGUAUGUAGUGGCAAGGGGACCUCCUCUGGGUAGUACCCUGCAGGGUGAGCCCUGGAAUUAUUCGUUCACAUUGAAUAAUUUAUAGGUAUUUGAAGGAGAACACACACACACACACACACACACACACACACACAUACACACACACACACAAAAUGAUAUUUUGUCUGUGUACUCAAAUAGUUGCGAAAAA